CUCAUGCCUUACAAAAAACUGAGGGGAAAUUUUUGUGUUUGAGCACAUCAUUCUUGUUCUUGCAGGUGAAAAUACAGAUGGAACACUUAUUUUAUUGUAGACUGUACUUUAACUUUUGCCACUCAAGUCAACAUGACUCCCGUGAUCCCAUGUUCUAUUAGCAGCAUUACACUCAUUCCCAGAGCUGCCUUUUCAGUAAGGAAGAACACUAGUUUAACAAGAUGCAGUUCAUCAAGGAAACACACAAGAUAUGCUUCACCCUUACAAAGAUUUAUCAUACCUCUGUCAACCUGUGUUACAUCAUUUCCACAAUACAGAACAGGGUGUGCUUUACAUAGCAAACCUGGAAUCUAUAUAUCAGCCACAGGGACUGAUGUACCAGUGGAGCAAUCUGAUUCACCUGUGGUAGAAGUUUCAAGUGGAGGCUCAGAAAUUCAAAUGGAAUCUGAAACAAGCGAAAAUUCUACAAGCAAAGAUUCCAUUCCUGCUCCAACUUAGUCCAAACAAACAAGGCCUGUUAGAAAAAGUGAGAUGCCACCUGUCAAGAAUGAGGAGCUUAUUCCUGGUGCAAUGUUUACUGGG